AGCAAUCUUUUGUGCACACCUAUAUACGUUGUCCUACGUAUAUAUGUACAGAGAACAUAUGUAUAAAACGUGUAUAGGAGAUAUACGUUAAAAGACAUUACUAAGUGAGUUAACUUUCGAGAACGAGCGUGAAAGGUGUCAACGAAAGGAGGUCUCGCUACGCGAUCGACAUGGAUACAUCAUUUUGUGCACCGUCGAAGUAUAAAGAAUCUUUUCCAGGGUUCAUAACUAAUCUUUGCGCUAUAAGAAUGGUGCACGUGAAUGCCGCGGUAGUCCUGUUGUUGCUUUUCGUGAUCGGCCUGUCGGUCGGGCUUGCGGUUAGCGCUACAACCUUCAAAGGAAGCGAUGUCCUUGACACAGUACCAAUUAUCGACGGACACAACGACUUACCCUACAAUUUAUAUGCGAAACUGAACAACAGGUUAACGGACUUCAAGUUCGAUAAUGAUCUGACCAACGAUAGUAAAUGGGGCGGACACGCUUGCAGAUCGUGUUUUACGGAUCUUCCGCGGUUGAGAGCUGGAAAAGUGGGCGGUCAAUUCUGGGCUGCGUACGUUUCGUGUAACUCCCACUACAAAGAUGCGGUGCAAUUGACACUGCGGCAAAUCGAUGUCAUCAAGAGGCUGGUCGAGAAAUACCCGAACGACCUGCAAUUCGUGACCGAGGCGAAGAACAUCGAGGAAGCAUGGGGAAAUGGAAAGAUUGCGUCCAUGAUCGGCGUCGAAGGUGGUCACUCCAUCGACUCCAGUUUGGCGGUUCUUAGACUCUAUUACGAGCUCGGUGUUCGUUAUCUCACCUUGACACACAUAUGCAACACACCAUGGGCGGACGCAUCGCCGGUGAAAAAUGGUUCUGUCUACAAUCUUACGAGCUUUGGAGAAGAAAUCGUCUUCGAAAUGAACCGCCUCGGAAUGCUAGUCGAUUUGUCGCACGUAUCUCACAACGUUAUGAGAAGAGUACUCGAAGUUACAAAAGCACCCAUAAUGUUCUCUCAUUCGUCAGCAUUCAGCGUUUGCGAGAAUUAUCGUAACGUUCCUGACGACGUGCUUCGAAGUGUCAAAGAAAACAACGGCAUCGUAAUGGUGAACUUUUACUCGGGUUUCGUGAAUUGCAACUCGUCGAGAAACGCAACGAUGCAAGAUGUGAUCGACCACAUUAACUACAUCCGUAAUUUUAUCGGACCCGAUCACGUCGGCAUUGGCGCCGACUAUGAUGGCGUAAGCACGAUGCCUGAAGGCUUGGAGGACGUUUCCAAAUACACAAACUUAUUCGAUCGCCUCUAUGAAAGUGACGUGAAUCCUCGAUGGACCAAAGCGGAUCUUGAAAAACUCGCUGGAAAGAAUUUGAUCCGCGUAUUCAAAGGCGUGGAAGCGGUGAGAGAUUCGUUAAAGACAAUAACGCCUAGGGACGAUAUCAUAGAUGGACUGGAGUUAUACAAGGCUCAAGCGGAUUCGCAUUUAAAACCAGGCUUAUGUAACACCGCGAUCGAAUGGAAAGGACUUAAUGUUUCCUCGAGUGAUACCGCAGAAUAAUUAGACUGUUUGGAAUUUAUUUAAACAAUGUAACAUCGUGCAAGGUUUUGCUAACGAAGCGUUUAUUAUUCUAGUUGUUUACAUUGAAAUGAGAUCCAAGCGUUGUUAAUAAAAACAGAGAACACUUAAUGUGAUCAUUGCAAGCUUUAACAUCCUUUGCACACAUUUAUUUGUUCUCACAGUAUUUUAUCGUGAUAAUCAAUCGAUUAAUCAUCCUCGCAUGUGAAUACAAUCCUUCUUAAUGUAGAACAUAGUUUCGUAAGAUAAGUUUGUUUACAAUGUACAAUUAUUUUUCAAUAUUCUUAUAUACAUAAAACAACAAAAGAAAAGCAAUCUAUCAAUUUCGUUCGACUCGUUGAAACAUAAUGGCAAAUUCCAUGUUUUUGUAAGUCUUUUAAAAUGUAAAUUAUGUUAUUGUAAACGGAUAUACACUUGUGGUAACAUCCACGAUCAAACGACUUCUCUCGAAUUCUGUAUCGAAUUUAUGUAUGCGACGAUUUUGUUCCUGGAAUUCGAUUAAUAAUUACGAAAUUUUCUCAUUUUAUAAAUCAUAAUAAUUA